AUGUCACAUCUCGUAUCUUGCGUUGCAUGGUACACCCGAGAAAUCUACUAUGUAUUCAUUGAACCAUGGCUUGCAAAGCUUGGUUUGGUGUAUUUCGGAUUUGGUGACGCGUCGUAUGGCCGCGAGGCCAUCCCCUACUCCAACAUUGAGCGCGAGCUCAUUUACGAGGCACCGGGUGUUAAAGUGACGCGUCGGCGCGUCUUCUUUAGUUAUAACGAGCCUAUAUUGGACCUGAAAAUGCAAGGACAGGGUCUUCGCCUACCGUUUUCCUACCUCGGAAAGCCCGUGACAGCGUGGGUGAAUUACUAUGUUUGGGAACGGCCAGACGAAGUGGCCCGUGCAAAGCUGAAUGCCGACAUUUACAUGGCGCAUGGCAUCAAUGAGUACUCGGGCCGCACAGCUACUGCGGCAAGUGUCCACCUGCGCAAUGGAUUUCGUGUGAUUGGUAUUGAUAUGCCGAGCUUUGGUCGCUCAUCUGGUCUGCAUGGCUACCUGCCUACUUUACGGUGGAAUGAAGGGGCUCUCAAUGCCGUGAUGCUACAUGUCCACAUGUGGGAUGAAUACGAGCAGCUUGAAAACCUAGCAAAUCGCAAGCGCUUCGCUCAAGGCGCAUCCAUGGGCGGAUUCACUUGUGCGUAUCAUGCCGCUUUGCACCCUCCCCCAUCGACGAGUGUGUCCAUGUCCCUAAACGGUAUCUGUCUGACCGCACCUAUGCUUCAAAUCUCUCCUAUUACGCGACCCAACGUUUGCAUUGAGGCUAUAGCACGCAUGGUUUCAUUGGUGGCCGGUCGUUUGGGUGUGCUACAGCCCAUCCGUGGACACUUAUCUGAUGAUCCGAACGUCGAAUUCUAUGCACGACAAGAUCGACAAGGCUACUUGGGUCGGCUACGCAUUGACACGGGUCUUGGCAUCGCAGAUGGACUCACCCAUCUCGACCAGAUUGCUGAGUCCAUUCGAUGUCCGAUCCUCAUUUUUCACGGCACAGCGGACCGUGUUACGGACCCUGACGGCUCGCAGCUGUUUUAUGAUCGACUGCUAGUUCAGGACAAGACCAUAAAGUUCUGGCCCGGUUGGGAGCACGUUAUGAUCAAAAACUAUCCCGGCAUGUCAGAGCAAGACAAAGCAGCACGGACCAAGCUUUUGUCGGACAUUUCGCAAUGGUUUAUGGAUCAUACUCGUGUAGACUCUACGGCUCCACACGCUUAG